UAUAGUAGACAUGCCGUUUUUGUACACUAUAUUGGGUUAAAACAGUCAGUGUGACUAUGCUUUUGACUACUGGGGAAAAGGAACGAUGGUCACUGUAUCGUCAGCUCGGCCAUCAGCACCACAGUAUGUCUUUGGCCUGUCUGAAUGUGGUUCCGGUUCUGAUGGCUUCCUGACUGUUGGCUGCAUUGCAAAAGGUUUCUCGCCUGCGGACUCGCUCACAUUUAAAUGGACAGAUCACAAAGGACAACCGGUGAAGGAUUUUGUGCAGUAUCCAACAAUCGGACGAGAGGGAGGUUACACCAAAAUCAGCCAUCUGCGUGUGAAGAAAAGCGAUUAUACUCCUGAUAAACCUUACAAAUGCGAAGCUGGAAAUUCUGUCGCCAAAAAGCAAGCAAUUGUUGCUCCAAUUGUUCAAUGUUCAGAGCUGACCAAACCAAACAAUGGAGCAAUGCACUGUCACCACGAUUCCAAAGGCCACUUCAGCUACCAAUCCACCUGUGAGUUUUCUUGUGAUAAAGGAUACACGUUACGAAAUUCCAGCUCCUCUAAACUGCUUUGCGAAGCCACAGGACACUGGAAUGAUUCACAACCCAGCUGUGAAAUUGUAAAAUGCAAUCCCGACGAUGUCCUCACUUUACAUCAUGGUAGCGUCCAAUGUUCUGGACCCAAUGGAAAUUUUUCAUAUGACUCUGUAUGUGAAUACUCAUGUGAUGAGGGUUAUGAAAUGAAGGGGUCCAAUACGACAAAUUGCACUGCUACCACAGAAUGGACCAGCAAACCACCGACCUGUGAACUUGUUCAAUGUUCAGAGCUGACCACACCAAACAACGGGACAAUGCAGUGUAGGCCUAACCACGACUCCAAAAGCAACUUCAGCUACCAAUCCACCUGUGAGUUUUCUUGUGAUAAAGGAUACACGUUACGAAAUUCCAGCUCCUCUACACUGCUUUGCGGCGCCACAGGACACUGGAAUGAUUCACAACCCAGCUGUGAAAUUGUAAAAUGCAAUCCCGAUGAUGUCCUCACUUUACAUCAUGGUAGCGUCCAAUGUUCUAAUCCCAAUGGAAAUUUUUCAUAUGACUCUGUAUGUGAAUACUCAUGUGAUGAGGGUUAUGAACUGAAGGGGUCCAAUACGACAAAUUGCACUGCUACCACAGAAUGGACCAGCAAACCACCGACCUGUGAACUUGUUCAAUGUUCAGAUCUGACCAAACCAAACAAUGGGAUAAUGAACUGUCACCACGAUUCCAAAGGCAACUUCAGCUACCAAUCCACCUGUGAGUUUUCUUGUGAUGAAGGAUACACGUUACAAACAUCCAGCUCCUCUACACUGCUUUGCGAAGCCACGGGACACUGGAAUGAUUCACAACCCAGCUGUGAAAUUGUAAAAUGCAAUCCCGACGAUGUCCUCACUUUACAUCAUGGUAGUGUCCAAUGUUCUCAACCCAAUGGAAUGUUUGCAUAUGACUCUGUAUGUGAAUACUCAUGUGAGGAGGAGGGUUAUGAACUGAAGGGGUCCAAUACGAGAAAAUGCACUGCUACCACAGAAUGGACCAGCAAACCACCGACCUGCGAAUUUGUUCAAUGUUCAGAGCUGACCACACCAAACAAUGGAGCAAUGAAGUGUUACGAUUGCAAUGGCAAAUUUAGCUACAAAUCCACCUGUGAGUUUGCUUGUGAAGAAGGAUACACGUUACAAACAUCCAGCUCCUCUACACUGCUUUGCGGUGCCACAGGACACUGGAAUGAUUCACAACCCAGCUGUGAAAUUGUAAAAUGCAAUCCGGGGGAUGUCCUCACUUUACAUCAUGGUAGUGUCAAAUGUUCUCAUCGUAAUGGAAAUUUUUCAUUUGACUCUGUAUGUGAAUAUUCAUGUGAAGAGGGUUAUGAACUGAAGGGGUUCAAUACGUCAAAAUGCACUGCUACCACAGAAUGGACAAGUAAACCACCAACCUGUGAACUUGUUCAAUGUUCAAACCUGACCACACCAAACCACGGGACAAUGCACUGUAGGCCUAAACACGAUUCCAAAAGCAACUUCAGCUACCAAUCCACAUGUGAAUUUGCUUGUAAAGAAGGAUACACGUUACCAACAUCCAGCUCCUCUACACUGCUUUGCGGCGCCACAGGACACUGGAAUGAUUCACAACCCAGCUGUGAAAUUGUAAAAUGCAAUCCCGUGGAGGUCCUCAAUUUACAUCAUGGUAGUGUCCAAUGUUCUCAACCCAAUGGAAUGUUUGCAUAUGACUCUGUAUGUGAAUACUCAUGUGAUGAGGGUUAUGAACUGAAGGGGUCCGAUAUGACAAAUUGCACUGCUACCACAGAAUGGACCAGCAAACCACCGACCUGUGAACUUGUUCAAUGUUCAGAGCUGACCAAACCAAACAAUGGGGUAAUGCAGUGUUACGAUUUCAAAGGCAAAUUUAGCUACAAAUCCACCUGUGAGUUUGCUUGUGAAGAAGGAUACACGUUACGAACAUCCAGCUCCUCUACACUGCUUUGCGAAGCCACAGGACACUGGAAUGAUACACAACCCAGCUGUGAAAUUGUAAAAUGCAAUUCUGAGGAUGUCACCACUUUACAUCAUGGCAUGGUCCAAUGUUCUAAUCCCAAUGGAAAUUUUUCAUAUGACUCUGUAUGUGAAUACUCAUGUGAGGAGGGUUAUGAACUGAAGGGGUGCAGUUCGACAAAUUGCACUGCCACCACAAAAUGGACCAGCAAACCACCGACCUGUGAACUUGUUCAAUGUUCAAACCUGACCACACCAAACCACGGGACAAUGCACUGUAGGCCUAAACACGAUUCCAAAAGCAACUUCAGCUACCAAUCCACAUGUGAAUUUGCUUGUAAAGAAGGAUACACGUUACCAACAUCCAGCUCCUCUACACUGCUUUGCGGCGCCACAGGACACUGGAAUGAUUCACAACCCAGCUGUGAAAUUGUAAAAUGCAAUCCCGUGGAGGUCCUCACUUUACAUCAUGGUAGUGUCCAAUGUUCUCAACCCAAUGGAAUGUUUGCAUAUGACUCUGUAUGUGAAUACUCAUGUGAGGAGGGUUAUGAACUGAAGGGGUCCGAUAUGACAAAUUGCACUGCUACCACAGAAUGGACCAGCAAACCACCGACCUGUGAACUUGUUCAAUGUUCAGAGCUGACCAAACCAAACAAUGGGGUAAUGCAGUGUUACGAUUUCAAAGGCAAAUUUAGCUACAAAUCCACCUGUGAGUUUGCUUGUGAAGAAGGAUACACGUUACGAACAUCCAGCUCCUCUACACUGCUUUGCGAAGCCACAGGACACUGGAAUGAUUCACAACCCAGCUGUGAAAUUGUAAAAUGCAAUCCUGAGGAUGUUACCACUUUACAUCAUGGCAGGGUCCAAUGUUCUGAACCCAAUGGAAAUUUUUCAUAUGACUCUAUAUGUGAAUACUCAUGUGAGGAGGGUUAUGAACUGAAGGGGUGCAGUUCGACAAAUUGCACUGCUACCACAAAAUGGACCAGCAAACCACCGACCUGUGAACUUGUUCAAUGUCCAGAGCUGACCAAACCAAACAAUGGGAUAAUGCAGUGUCACCACGAUUCCAAAAGCAACUUCAGCUACCAAUCCACUUGUGAGUUUGCUUGUGAAGAAGGAUACACGUUACGAACAUCCAGCUCCUCUACACUGCUUUGCGGCGCCACAGGACUCUGGAAUGAUUCACAACCCAGCUGUGAAAUUGUAAAAUGCAAUCCCGUGGAGGUCCUCACUUUACUUCAUGGCAUGGUCCAAUGUUCUAAACCCAAUGGAAUGUUUGCAUAUGACUCUGUAUGUGAAUACUCAUGUGAGGAGGGUUAUGAACUGAAGGGGUCCAAUACGAGAAAAUGCACUGCUACCACAAAAUGGACCAGCAAACCACCGACCUGUGAACUUGUUCAAUGUUCAGAGCUGAUCACACCAAACAAUGGGGUAAUGCAGUGUUACGAUUUCAAAGGCAAAUUUAGCUACAAAUCCACCUGUGAGUUUGCUUGUGAAGAAGGAUACACGUUACGAACAUCCAGCUCCUCUACACUGCUUUGUGGAGCCACAGGAGUCUGGAAUGAUUCACAACCCAGCUGUGAAAUUAUAAAAUGCAAACCGGGGGACAUCACCACACCAGAUCAUGGUAGUGUCCAAUGUUCUAAUCCCAAUGGAAAUUUUUCAUAUAACUCUGUAUGUGAAUACUCAUGUGCGGAGGGUUAUGAGUUGAAGGGGUCCAAUACGAGAAAAUGCACUGCUACAACAAAAUGGACCGGCAAACCACCGACCUGUGAACUUGUUCAAUGUUCAGAGCUGACCAAACCAAACAACGGGACAAUGCAGUGUCACCACGAUUCCAAAAGCAACUUCAGCUACCAAUCCACCUGUGAGUUUGCUUGUAAAAAAGGAUACACAUUACGAACAUCCAGCUCAUCUACCCUGCUUUGCGAAGCCACAGGACACUGGAAUGAUUCACAACCCAGCUGUGAAAUUGUAAAAUGCAAUCCCAUGGAGGUCCUCACUCUACAUCAUGGUAGUGUCCAAUGUUCUCAACCAAAUGGAAUGUUUGCAUAUGACUCUGUAUGUGAAUACUCAUGUGAUGAGGGUUAUGAACUGAAGGGGUCCGAUACGAGGAAUUGCACUGCUACCACAAAAUGGACCAGCAAACCACCGACCUGUGAACUUGUUCAAUGUUCAGAGCUGAUCACACCACACAAUGGGGUAAUGCAGUGUUACGAUUUUAAAGGCAAAUUUAGCUACAAAUCCACCUGUGAGUUUGCUUGUGAAGAAGGAUACACGUUACGAACAUCCAGCUCCUCUACACUGCUUUGUGGAGCCACAGGAGUCUGGAAUGAUUCACAACCCAGCUGUGAAAUAAUAAAAUGCAAACCGGGGUACAUCACCACACCAGUUCAUGGUAGCGUCCAAUGUUCUGAACCCAAUGGAAAGUUUUCAUAUGACUCUGUAUGUGAAUACUCAUGUGAGGAGGGUUAUGAACUGAAGGGGACCUAUACAACAAAUUGCACUGCUACAACAGAAUGGACCAGCAAACCACCGACCUGUGAACCCCCAGAGCCAGAUCAGCGUGCAUCUGUGUACUUAACAACUCCUACAAAUGAAGAAUUAGUAAGUGGAACAGCUACUUUCAUCUGUUUAGCCAAGCACUUUUUCCCAGAAAAGCACUUGUUUAAGUGGUUUCAUGAUGAUGUGGAGGUAAAAAGUGAAGGAAAAAGUGAUGAAUGUGUAAGUAAGAAGAAAACCAAUGUAACUCUUUUUACCGCCACAAGCAUUUUACAAAUAAAAUCUGACAUUUGGACCAAGAAGUCUAGAACCAAAAUGAAGUGCUUGUUCGAGCACAAGGCUGGAAAUGAAGUGAAAGAAAUGAGCAACACAGCAAUGCUCUCGCUGACCCUGAAGUCACCAAUACAGAGAAACAUAUUCUUCUUCGGUGAUGUGAUCUUGCAGGCUGUUGUUUCUGGAAAUGAAAGCAAAGCAGUGGAAGAUGCCUCAGUGUCAUGCGAAGUGGAAAAUAAAGCUUUAACCUUGAAUAAAGCUGAAAUACAAUCACAAGACAAUUCACAGUUUCAGAUAAUCUACAAUGUCACUGUUAAUAGAGAUAUAUGGUUUGAUGGGAAAAUGGUCACCUGUACUAUCAGUGACAAAAACAUAACGCAGGAGAUCCGUUUUAAUAAAGGAGAUUCAAAGAAACCCAGUGUUGUCAUUUAUGAACAACGCAGUGACAAUACAAGCCAUUCAAACCACUCUCUGUUAUGUGAGGUCAGCAGCCCUCAACUUGGUGAUGUUUAUAUCAUGUGGAGAGUAGAUAAUGGAGAAUUUAAAGAGGGUUAUACAAGUGCUCCAAUCCAUCGAAAGGACUCCACAUCUGUCAUCAGCUUAUUUGAAGUGUCUGAUAAACAGUACAAAGAAUCUACGAUCUCUUGCGCAGUCGUGCAUGCCAACAUGGACAAUACAGAUGCACCAUUAAUAACAACAGCGAGCAAAAGUAAACCGUCAUGUUCUCCUUGCCCUGCUUGCAAUAAUGAUUAUAGUUAAUGAUAUUUUCAAUGUGACUAUGUUUUUGUCUCAGUUAAAUGGUUUGAUAUGCUUUUGUCCUGUUGCUCUCAUUAUGUUACAGUAUGUAACUUUGAUCUUUUGUUAUGUGUUUUGUUCUUCAUGUCUGUAUCACUGUACUGCAUGGGUCAAACACCAAUGCUAAAUUACACCAAAAACAUUUUAAACUUUUUAAAGCAAAGACUUAUGAUGACCUAUGUGAAUGUGUGAUACCAUUUUUGUUAUGCCGAUUUAUGUUUUGUCCUGUGUUUAUUGUUGUGUCAUUGUUUAUUGUAAUGCAGUCUAAUGUUGUCGUUUUCAUACUCAAUGAAACCUAAGAUGCUUUAAAACACUUUCUGGCAAAUGUGUGUUUUAAUGUUGAUCGUUUCUUUGUUUUGUCUUCUUUUACAUUUCAUACUUAUAAUAAAUCUGUGUUUGCAUGA